AUGGCCACAACGCUGUGCUCGGUACUGUUGCGCAAGCUCUUCACGGGCCGAGUGAUGUUCUGGGUGCAGCAGCAACGCUACAUGUACAGCGUGCGACGUGCUCUGGAGCGCUACAAGAUGGAGCGGGCGAACUCGUGGAGGCGCCGGUGCGGCCUGCAGCCCGUGCACCCACCGCUCUACCGGCUGCAGCGUUUCAUAAGUCGAGUGCUGUGCGCUUCUUUCUGCGCCUGCUGCCACAGAGGACGCCUGGACAGAGCCGACUUUCAGGGUGGAGGAUGGUUACUCAAGUCCUUGCAACCGAGCACGUUUGAGAACCGAGUGCUCAAGAGUUUCCUGGGAUUCAGUGCCGGUGCGCUGCUGACUGUGCUCGUCAACGUGGUCCUUGUGCGAAUAUACCAAGCGACCAGUUUCCUUCUCUUCCUGGUCGUGUUCGCCUGCGGAACGUUUCUGAUGCUCGGUGCCGCCUUCUCGGACACCGUCCGAUGUCUUAUGCUGCUCACUUUGCCUCAGCUGUUCUCCAGGGAAGGCCGGUUGGCGCUGAUGGCGUACAUCUACUUUCUGGUGUUGACGGGCCCCGCGGAGAACUUCGCGGCCAACGUGGAGGUCCUGUCACGGGGUCUCAGCUGUGGCCAAGAGAAAGUGGCCAACGAGACGCGACGAAUGCUCGAGGUGGCCACCUCGCCUUUCAAGGCUGUGUAUGACCGCGUGAAGAAAGUCGUAAGGCUUCUUCUGGACUUUGGAGCUCUCAUGAAAAAGGCGUUCCUGUCAAUCAAGAACCUCUUCACCGAAAUAUUCGCUGCGAUUCGCCGAGCCAUCCAGUGGCUGCGCAACCUGGUGAACGUGUGCAACCGUCGCAUGGGCGAGCCUUACGAGAAAUGCCGCAAGCCGCUGGUGGAAGCGUACGCUGACUGCCUGGAAAUGAUGCCAGACCUUCUGGAGUGGAUCUGCUCGCCCGUCAAAGUGAUCGAGCAUGUCUGCUACGUAGCGAAAGUGAUCACCGUCCUCUGUGCGAUACCAGCUAUCAUUAUCGACUUCGUCAAGGUGCAAGUAAUCGACAGGAUUGAGGAAGCGACGCGCAGCUUUCUCGAGCGGGUGUACACAGCCUUCUACGUGAACGUGACGGUGACGCAUCAGUACAACUACAGCCUCGAGUUCAGCCGCACGUCCGCAGAGGUGCGAAGUCACGUGGCUGGAGAACUGAACUCGCGCGUCGCCCUCUUCGCGGCUCUCUUCAGGUUGCUAAGCAACGGGGUCCUAUUCGGAUUCAUAUACGUCGCUUACGGGAGCAGAAUGGAAGCCCCGACGACCGUACCGUUCGCCGUGGCCAAGCCGCUACAUGUUACCCCAACACGGCCAGUACACCGGCCCUACUCCAGGCCCUUUCCCGAGCCCAUACUCGGAAAACUAAGGGCAAUGCAGUACCGUUACCGAUACAUGCGGGAGGACGACUUCGACAAUUACUACAUCACCUGGAUGGUAGAAGCCAUCGACAAGCGCCGUGCACUCAAGGGUCUCGAGACCAUCUUGCCGCUGAAGACGUACGAGAGGCGCAGCUUUGUGACUCCUUUCUCGGCUCGCAUGACUCGCCACGAGUCGCAGGGUUUGUGGGAGCACCUCUGGACGUUCGCCAUCAGUGCCGCGCACACGAUCGUCGCUUUGCUUCUGGACUACACCCUCUAUCGGCUCGUCGCGUUUGUCAGAGCCCUCGGCAAGAUCAACGUGAGCGCUGGACUGCCUACGCAGAUGAAGCUGCAUGUUCAAGGCAGGGGUCCCUUGGCUGACAUGUACCGGCAAGUCGCUGACUCCUUGAGCCCGUCGAGCCUGCUUGAGUCUACGCUGCCAGCCACGAACGUACAGAACUGUUUGCUGAGGCCAUAUCCUCCGGACGUUGACAUGUAUCAGUGGAUAGGUGUGGUGUACUUGCUGGGAGUGGUCUUGAUUGUGGGCCAGACGUACGGGCUUCGACUGCGUCACGUGGUGGCGUCCGCCUUCUACCCAGACCGGGAGCGCGCCCGGGCUGCCUGGCUGCACGCACACCUGCUCUCCCUGCGCACGGGCUGGCUGACCGGGGCGCGCAGGGCGCUCCGCUUGCGCUGGGAGGGCGGCAGGGCGCCCGGCCUGGUUGACUUGUUUCUCGCGCGAUUUCCUGUAGUCCGCAGAGCGUUGAACCUCGUGGGCAUACGGAGAAAGAACUGCCUCUCUUGUGGAACUUCGGGCGCCAUGGACGAUGCGCAGGGAUUCCGCCAGUGUGCGACACCGACCUGCAAGGCUGUCUACUGCGUGGAAUGCUUCGACGAACUCGAGAACGUCUGCACGGUGUGCUUGAACCCGGCCGAAUACGGGGACCUGUUCGACGUCAGCGAAGAAAUGUGA